AUGCGCAUGCGUGUGCUAGCCGCGAGGUUUGUGAUGGUGAAGAAGUGGAGUUUCUGUGCGUCUUUCGGCCCUCCGCUGGUUGCCUUGGGUGCCCUCUUCGUCUCUUUGCGGGGCUGUGGCGCUGCUCCUGCGCUCAGCCUCACCCGCACCAGAAUCUACGGCCCGGGAAUCCAUCCAAAGAGAUGUAGCCUGCCCAUAAACUACUUCUACAUUCAGGCCGUCGACACUGAUGGAAACAACUACAGGGAUGUGACAGAGGCCACAUUUGAGGUGUCCUACGAGACAGACGAUGCUGGAAGCAACAACCGAGUGAGGCGACGACAGGAGGUCCUCAAUCUUCGAGACGGUCUCAUCCUCCACCAGUUCAGGAUCUACCACGACUACCACUCCCUGGCCAUCUCAGUCACUCACAGAGGGAAACACGUCGCUGGGUCCCCGUACCACGUCAGUCCCGUUCUUCACGAGGACUGUGCCUGCCCCCUCCGCUCUCUCGAUGAGUGGACAAGGGACUUUGACUGUCCCGACACUGACCCACAGAUAUUGGAAGACUUGGAGCCAUUUCGCGAGGACGGGAUUAAUGUCACGAACCUCUACGAUAGGGGCGGAGAGCUAUUUCCCCGUCAUUCCUUCAUCCAUUACUCCAUUGUCGACGGCAAGGUCUAUGCCCAGAGUUUUGGCUCCAUCACUGGGUUCAAGUUCAUGUCCGACAUGUUUCUUCUCUCCAUGGCCAACAAGAUGCGACUCCCCGACAUGGAGCUGGUGGUAAACCUGGGGGACUGGCCUCUCGACAAGGCGGCCAGAAUGCCUCUGUUCCCCGUGUUCUCCUGGUGUGGGUCCCCCGACACGCGAGACAUCAUCUGGCCCACCUGGGACAUCAUGAAAUCCACUGUCAUGGGCCUCGAGAGAGUGUCCCUGACGACACUGUCAGUCCAGAAGACUCGGGGAGAGGCCUGGGAGACGAGAGAGCCGCGAGCCUUUUUCAGGGGCAGAGACAGCAAUCGAGAGAGGCUGGACCUCGUGAGACUCCACAGGAACGAGACGGAGCUGUUUGACGUGGCGCUCACCAACUGGUUCUUCUUCACCAAGGAGUACAGUGAGGAGGUGUACGGCCCAAAGGCCAAGCACGUCUCAUUUCACGACUUCUUCAAGGCAAGAGCGAUGCCGGCAAUGCCUACCAUUAUUCCCCACGACAACCUACUGCCAGAGCUCUCUACUGCUACAGAUAGCCAGACUCCUCAGCCACUACUCAGAGCUGAUAGUCGGGACAACCGGCUGUCCAUCCAGGGAUGGAGUCCGUCGUCCCUGAUACACCUCAGACUGCUCCACAACCUGCCAGAGUUGAGGUCCACCAGACGGCAUGCACAGGGGGACAGAGAUGAACUCUAGCAGGACACAAACCAAGUGAUAUAUACUCAUCUGUCAACAAAACUGCAUAUUUUUUCUCACUUAUCUGGUGACUGCAAAAAUCAUUUGUGGAAUAGGAAUAAAAAGCCAAGUAAACUGAAAGUUCGAUAUAAAAGUGAGGAGUUUCUUGGCUACUUGGUUCUGCUCCAACCGUAUUUCUGGACCAUUCUCUCAAAGGCAGACCUGCCUCACCCUCGUGUACUCGUUGUCUGGAUUUGACGCCAGCCUGCCCGUGGGUCAGACAUUAUCUCUGCACCUCACCUGACCAGGAUACCCUCAGUGUCAUGGUGGACAGCCAGCAGAGCGUGUGAGCAGCUCCAUACAGAUACUGCCUCCCACUGUCACAUGACUAGCAUGGCACAGGACCAAGUCAUGUGAUCUAGCAUGGCAACGGGGACUUAGUCAUGUGUCUAGCAUAGCAACAAACAUUUGGUGACUUACGUAUUUUACCAAUGCGACAUCUGACCUUGCAUGCUGCCACUUGCAAGACACAUUUUUUUUAUACCCACAUACAUAAGUGAGCUAGAAAUCUUUGAGACAGUAGUAAGUGUGCAGUUGUGACUUUCGUGGAAUGUGACUUACUUCGACAAUGGACAGAACCUGAUUAGCCGUCACAACCCAUCUGUAUAAUGAUUAUACCUGUAAGGAACUGGAAUCGCGGUUCGGACGAUCCUACAAAUGUGGACACAUGGGUCGUCAGUGAAACUUCAUCUCAGUUGUAGCACUGGACUGUGGCAGGUGUAUAGCAGGUAGCAAGGACGGGGUUAGCGAGUUAGGGGUUAAGAAUGACCUACUGAUAGGGUGGUGGGUUAGGGGUUAAAUGAAGACUACUGAUAUGGUGGGGGGUUAGGUAUUGAAGAUUACCCAUUCUGAAUGAAAAAAGCACUAAAGUGCAAACCCUCGGCGAACUGUGCAUGCGCGGUACGCUGGGCUGGCAUAGCAUGCGUUUAUCGUUGUAUCCCACUAGUGCUCUAAACACAGCAACGAUCAGAGAAACGUGAUGAAAUGAAUACACACCACCCAAGACACUUCAUCUUGAACGGCGUGAAAAAACAGGGGCGGGGGAGAUUUUGGAUUCUGCACUGCCCCCAAUUAUAGAUCACAAAUCUUAUGCAUCAACUGUUUACACAA